AUGGAUUUCAUCAAGACCAGUUCCCCGCGUGCUCUGAACUGGUCCAGCCGGCUCCUUCGAGAAACCGGAACAGCCGGCCGAGGAACAUCCGUCCCGUGGUCGGCCAACAUCCGAACAUUCGUCCGUCCCGCCAAGUCCACAGCCGGGCCCACGUACCGAUCCAGGACGCAUCGUCCCGCGGUCAGCCAAACCAGAAUCACACGCCCGAAGCUGCGCACGACCGUACAACGCCUUGUGGCCGCGCGGCACAACUCACGUACCGCGGCCGAUCGCACCGUCCGACCAGGAAGGCCACGUCCCAUGUCCGGCCCGAAAACCUUCGGCGAAUCUAUCCACCCGGCCGAACCCGAUGAACGAACGCGAAAACUCUCGGCCACGAUCGACACGACCGUGCCGAUAGCAGACUACGACUCGACAGCCGGCCGAACGUCCCGACCCACCGUCCGAACGGUCCGGUCGACCCGAAGCCGUUUCUGA